UUCUCAGCUUUAUUGGAGCUGUAAAAGGUCAAUGGAAGAAGAACCAAUACCAUUGGGUAAGCUACCGAUGAGCAUCAUCGCCCCUCCUCUCCAUCCGUCGCAAGCACCAUCCGAUUGCUACCCAGUUUCUACAGUACCAGAUGAUGUUAAUGAGAUAGUUGAAAUACUAGAGCGAUCAGCAUCACUGCCAGAUUUACUUCCUGAAUUAAAGAAAGAACAUUGCAUAUUAGCUUUUCAACACUCAUUUUAUGUAAUAUCAGGCGACAAUAAUGUCACUUCAGACAUCAUGGAGGGAACUGAGGAUGAUCUCAACGCUCCAUCCACCUCAAACGCAAAUACUAUGGCCGCAUCAACUUCUACAGCAGUAGAUUGUGCGGGCGCACAGUCAGAAUUUAAUACUUAUUUUAUUCCUGGUGAUAUAGGACCAGCACCAUUCAGAAACAAAGAGGCUUCCGAGAAAAUGAUUGUUAUUAACAAUAAAAUAGAUGCGGCAAAAGAAGAUGAGAAUAUAAAAAUAAUAGAAAAAGAAGUGUACAGAUUACACAACGAAGCCACGCAUGCUUAUUUCAAUCAUUUUUACGAAACUACGAUUGCUAAACUAAAGAUCGCUGAAGCCUUUUUGAACUUAGCUAUCAUCUGUGAUUACGAUCAAUUUGAUCGUAUACGAAAACUGAUGCUCCGUACUUAUAUAUGUUUAGCUGACGCCUAUACUGAGAGCCGUCAGAUCAGCCAAUGCAUACUUAUCAAUCAAAGAAUCAACACAGAAUUUAGUGUGGAUGACGUAGUUAGAUAUAAAUUUUUAGAAUUUCAAAUUUUGACUGAAAAUUCUGAUGUUCCUGUGCCUGUUGAGCGACACGUAUAAGUUGGUAUUUGACUGCCGAUUGAUAAAACUGUUGAAGGCAUAUUCUCUACUAUACUCUCUUCAACUUGCGAGGCCAUCAAAUCAAAUAUCUGAAGUUGCGGACAACUUAAUGGGUUGCCGGAGCUCCGGAUCAAAGCAGAACUAGGGACGGGAUUGUUUUUAAUUAAGUAGUAAGACUUCGACACUCCCUCUUGUCUCAUCUGAAGGGAGAAGUCACUGAUUGGUUUUCUCCCUCAAAAAAAAGGUCAACGAAUACGUAGCAUGAAACGAUAUCUUACCGUUUAUUGGUUACUUUUAAUAACUAGUCUAUCAAUGGGGUUAAUAAAAUAUGGAGCUCAAUGAUACAUUUUGUUCAUAGUUAAUCAAACUACGAUGCUCUCAUAAGAUAUAUUUUUUCGUAUCGCUACAUAUCAAGGCUUUGUACCUAAGACUAUAUAAAGGUUGUUUGUUAGUGAUCGCUUAGUGUUGUAAGAACCUUCGCGGUGUCCAUUAUGUAUUCGAUUACUAUAUUUAACAUAGGCAUAAGAUGUUUAAAAAAUAUAGAAUCUUGUCAGAUUUAGAGCGACUUUUACUUUUGUCCAGUUUAAGUAGUUACUGUGACAAACACUUGCUCAUAAAGGUGUUUUGUGGUGUACAAUAAAGUUGCUGUUUAGUGUAAGUCUGGAAAAUUACGAAAAUUGGAGUUUUCCUGAAGAGUGUAGACAUAUUAUGUACCUACGAUAUAGGAACACUUUCAUUAAAUUAUUU